CCACCACCACCACCACAACCACAUCACGAAGGAACUCAUAUACCAGCAUGACACGUCAGCACCAACGAUUGGUGAGAGGAUAAUGAACCAGCUAUUCAAAAGCGCGAUUCCUAUCAUAGUUUGUUCAGUUCAGAUUACACUUUUGUUACCGUUUUCGGAUUCGUUGUCGUAUGUGUCUCCUGCUGCGAAGGCUGUUCUGUAUUCGCCAGAUACUAAGGUUCCCAGAACAGGUGAAGUUGCUCUCAGGAAAGCCAUUCCUGCAAACGCUAACAUGAAGGCUAUUCAGGACACUCUCGAAGAUAUUUCGUACCUGUUGAGGAUUCCGCAGAGGAAACCUUAUGGAUCAAUGGAGGGGAAUGUGAAGAAAGCUUUGAAGAUAGCGGUUGAUGAGAAGGAUUCUAUAUUGGCUAGUAUACCAGCGGAACUGAAGGAAAGGGGUACUAUGGUACAUGCAACUCUAAUAGAUGGGAAGGGGGGUUUGCAAGCUCUCCUUCAAUCUAUAAAGGAGCAGGAUGCAGAUAAAGUGUCAAUGAACCUUGCAUCUACACUGGAUACUGUAGCAGAGGUAGAGUUAUUACAGGCACCGGGAUUAUCUUUUCUGUUGCCGAAGCAAUACAUGCAAUAUCCACGGCUUUCAGGGAGAGGGACUGUUGAGUUUACCAUUGAGAAAGGAGAUGGUUCUACAUUUUCUCCAGUUGGGGGAGAACAGAGAAAUACGGCCACCAUCCAGGUUGUUUUAGAUGGAUACUCAGCUCCAUUAACUGCAGGGAAUUUUGCAAAACUGGUGAUGGAUGGAGCAUAUAAUGGCACAAAGCUCAACUGUACCAACCAAGCUAUUCUCUCGGAUAAUGGACUUGAUAAGAACAAUGGUUUCAGGGUUCCCUUGGAAAUAAUGCCCUCUGGACAAUUUGAGCCCCUUUACAAAACAACAUUAAGUGUGCAGGAUGGAGAACUGCCAGUUCUUCCUCUAUCUGUUUAUGGAGCAGUUGCCAUGGCUCAUAAUGAAGGCUCUGAGGAGUAUUCAUCACCUUAUCAGUUUUUUUUCUAUCUCUAUGACAAACGAAGCGCUGGCUUGGGAGGGAUAUCAUUCGAUGAAGGGCAAUUUUCAGUUUUUGGAUACGUAACCACUGGGAGAGAUAUUCUCCCCCAGAUAAAAUCUGGAGAUAUUAUUCGUUCCGCAAAGCUUAUUGAAGGCCAAGACCGCCUUGUAUUGCCCAAGGAAAGUUGAGUAGGUCUCUUGGUCUUGCGGUGUUACCCAAGCAGGAAACAAUCUUUCAUUCUUUGUAAUAUAUAUGCUGUGUAGAUGGCAUCAGCCUGAUUUUCUUGGUGCAGGUUGUGUUGUAAAUUACUAAAUUAUAUAGGAAUAGAUUGAAAGUUUUACACAUAACAACAAUCUAAUGGCACAGCGAGAAAGGAAUCCAU